AGAGGAAUCUGUUGAGUCAAUGACACGAGAAACGUUGCAGGGGACAGAGAUUAGAAUGGAAGAAUGAAGCGCACAAAUGCAGACCUGGAAGUGAGACUGUCAAAUGUGAAAACCUUUCGAAUGGUGAAGAAAUGAAAAGGGGGACAGGGCGUGAAAUACCAGAGGGAGGAGCGAGAUAUCUGUUGAAAAUUUUUCUUGAAACGCAUAGUGCCACUAACCAGUCUAAAUUAUGAAAAAUAAGUGAAACACAAACUUGGAUCAGGCAACAUCAUGGAUUGGUCAUAACUCCUGGAUUAACAACAUGAAAUACCACGGACUAAGAAGCGCAUUGAAGUCACCACUCUCGGACUGAAAGGAUAACUUUUGGAGUGUCCUUUCUAGAGCAUUUCGAUAUCAAGAAGUUUUGCUUGAAUUAAGCUACUCCGCUGAAAGUUACCCACCCUCUGAACUGCAAGAUCAACUCGAUGAGAAUUGAAGUAAACAUGCAUUUGGAAAGAGCAGUUUUGUUUUUCCUAUUAAUUAACUGCGUGACUAAGACAUUAUCACUGUCCUCAUGUACAACUGUGGACAUUGACAACAUAAAGAAGAAGAGAGUGGAGGCGAUCCGGGGACAGAUUCUAAGUAAAUUGCGACUUACCAGUCCACCACAGGCCCUGGGUCCAAAUCAGGUCCCAUUUCAGGUACUGGCACUUUACAAUAGUACGAGGGAACUGAUAGAGGAGUUGGGACAGCAUCGACAGCAAAGCUGUGGACAAGAUAACACGGAGUCGGAAUACUACGCAAAGGAGAUUUACAAAUUCAAUAUGAUUCAUGGACUCCCAGAAAACAAUGACAUUCCCUCCUGCAAAGGAAUCACCUCCAAGGUUUUCAGGUUCAAUGUGUCCGUGAUGGAGAAAAACUCCACCAACUUGUUCCGUGCGGAGUUCCGAGCACUGCGCGUGCCCAACUUUGGUGCUCAGAAAAAUGAACAGCGCAUCGAGUUGUACCAGAUCCUUCGGCAGGACGACCACAUCGCCAAGCAGCGCUACAUCGGGGGCAAGAACGUGUUGACCAAAGGGAAUCCGGAGUGGGUCUCCUUUGAUGUUACUGGAACAGUGAAGGAGUGGCUUACAAACAGAGACUCUAACCUGGGUCUCGAGGUCAGUGUGCACUGUCCAUGCCACACCUUCAACCCCAAUGGUGACAUCACUGAGAAUGUCAACGAAGUGCUAGAGGUCAAGUUUAAAGGAGCAGAGGGGGACUAUGAGGAGAGCACGCGCUGGGACCAGGGCUACCAGAAGAAGCAGAAAGAGCAGCUCCUGCCUCACCUCAUCCUCAUGAUGCUCCCGCCCCACAGGCUGGACACGCAGGCGUCGCCACGGAGACGCAAGCGGGCGCUGGACACCAGCUACUGCUUCAAUAAUUAUGAGGAGAACUGUUGUGUGAGGGAGCUCUACAUUGACUUCCGUCAGGACCUGGGGUGGCGCUGGAUCCAUGAGCCCAAAGGCUACUACGCCAACUUCUGCUCAGGACCUUGUCCUUACCUUCGCAGCGCUGACACCACACAUAGUUCGCUCUUGAGCCUGUUCAACACGCUCAACCCGGAGGCGUCGGCGUCGCCGUGCUGCGUGCCGCAGGACCUGGAGCCGCUCACCAUCCUCUACUACGUGGGCCGCACGCCCAAGGUGGAGCAGCUCUCCAACAUGAUCGUCAAGUCCUGCAAGUGCAGCUGAGGGCGCGGAUAUGGGCCCCCCCACGCAGGCUCCGCACGGACCUGACCACACAUCCAUGGUAGGAGAGAGAGAGAGAGAGAGAGAGAGAGAGAGAGAGAGAGAGAGAGAGAGAGA